AUGUACGUCAACGACUGUGUCCGUGAACUGGACUGUGAUGUCACUAUGUUUGCCGAUGAAAUCAAGAUCUCGAACGUAAUCAGAAAUGCAGUUGACGAAGAGCGUUUGCAGGUUAAACCAAACCGUCUUCAAACUUGGUCUAAAGACAGGCUCUUGCAGUUUAAUGAGAACAAGUGCAGUAUCCUACGAGUUGGCCGACCCAGCUCCCAGAAUCCCAUGAUUUACAGCCUGAAUGGCAUCCAACUGCAAGGAGUGGACCCUCAGAAGGAGCUGGGAUUGUGGAUCACGGCGUCUCUUAAGCCCUUGCUGCAUUGUGCAAAAGUAGCCAAGUCUGCGAUCUCAGCCCUGUAUCUUGUCCAACGGGCUUUCUGUGCCUUUGAUAAAUAUCGCAACGCUAAGGUCUUUGGAACAUUUGUGCGGACGAAACUGGAGUUCGUUAUCCAAGGAUGGAGACUGUCCGCUCUUUUUUGA